AUGAUACUCACUGGUACUCCGUGUAAUAUGAUCACUUCUUUGAUGAAAAAUCUACUGAGUGAGUCUAACGUAUCUGAUGACCCGACAGUUGGUGCCAUACGAUGUGGUGCCAUUGAGAUUGGUGAUGCACCAGGUUGUAGUUCAAUAGUAAAGGUUACGUACCCGAGUUUGCCAUGUCCUUGUAAUGGACUGUUUGGCAAUCCCAAGGGCAGUUAUUGUUUGCAGAGACUAUUAGUUGAUUUCCCAAUUGAAACUGUCUCUUCUGUUCAAUUGUCUGUGAAGAGCAAGUUGCCCUUCAGUUCAAUUUGGGAAAAGGACCAAAAUUAUCAUUUGAAUUUGAAGGUAAUUAGAGAUAGGGACAGUUAUGUUGAAGGUUUAAUUGAAAUGGAAGGCGAUGCAUCGUGUAGCUCAAUAUCUGGCACCGGGAAGUCAGAAAAUGUGUCUGAAAGGGACUUGGUUCUGAGGAAUGAAUCGGAUGUGGGGCUUGGUGUAGUGAAUUCAUCACUCCAUGUCAAAGAGGGAAGGUUUGAUCUUAAGGGUAAGGGGAUUAUAAAUCAAAGGCCAAGGAGUGGUCUUAGGCGUAGUCGAAAACGUGUUACUGAUUUUGGGAAAGUUUCUUCUGUUUCAUCAGAGAAUCCUUCAUGUGCAGAUGCUCAGUCACCUUUUAGCAUCAUUCAUAAAGGGGGUGAGGAGAUUGAACUCAGCUCAGUGCCUUUUGAUUCUGGGGUUGAUGCUAAUCGCUUUCACUACGAUGAGGAGGAUCAUGUUAUGGGGAAUAUUGUGGAGAGAGCUUCACAUGGUUUUGACCUGAUUGAACCUUUUGAUGAAGAUAAGCCGGCUGAGAAGAAUGCAUCUUUUGAAGAGAUAAAGAGUAAUGCACAAAGGGAGCUGGAUUUUGAUGGUAAUGAGAAAAAUGCAAUCAGAAUCUUGGAACAAGCACUUGAAGAAGAGCAGGCUGCUCGUGCAGCUCUUUACCUUGGCUUUGAAAUAUAUGUCCUGGGUGGCGAAGACUUGUUUUUUAUAGUUGUCUUCCGCCUCUUUGAAGCCGGCAUUAUUGGCGUCUUCACAAUCGUUCUCCCUGGACUUCUUGAGCGCGUCCAGCUCGGUCUGGAGCUCGUCCCUCUUUUUCUCGGCUUCGUCCAGUUGGCCGAGCAGCCGGUUGUUAUCGGCAUUGGCGAUUUCAAGUGA